AUGAGUUUAUCAAAGAAAGGGUCUCCGACAGACACAAAGCUGAGCUCUCCAAUCAAGGCUGCUUUGAAUCCAAAUGCGGCAGAGUUUAUUCCUUUUUCACUCCGAUCAUUGCCAUCUGGAAGUACUAGCUCGGUAGAUGUGACGACAAGGCUUACAACUGCUGGUUCUCUUGGGAAAGCAGUUUUAGAUAGAUCAGAGUCAUCCAUUUCAAAUAAUUCUGAUGACGAGGCUCACAAUUACUGGCGUUGCCAACUUCCGGAUGAUAUCACCCCUGAUUUCAAAGUCAUCAUGGAAGAAGAAGAACCUCAAGGUCUUAACAACCUUUCUCUAGCAGGCUUAUCUAUACAUGACGAAAAUGAGUCCUCAAUGUUUCCUUCUACUAAUGGAAGUAGAUAUAUACUAAAUGAGCAGCAAGAAUUAUCUCAACAGCACCCUAAUGGAAAUACCUUUGCCGAUAAGUUACGGUUUUCCAAUUCAACAUACAGGGAGGAACCAUCUUCAGCAAGCUUUUUGAAUUCAUUGGCAAAGCCUUGGGAUAGACCGAUUGGGAAUAACAACCUGCAUAGCAGCGGUCAAGAGGCACUUGCUUAUGAUGACAAUGCUAGGCAUGGAUUUAUAAAUGAUGUUUUGACUGAGAAUGCUAUUGUGGACGAGACCGAUUUUAACCCUUUGGACUUUUUAGCCUCUUUAUUCCCUGGUUUUGCAUCAGAGAGCCUUGCUGAAGUUUACUUUGCCAAUGGAUGUGAUUUACAUCUGACCAUUGAGAUGCUCACUCAGUUAGAGAUGGAAUUUAAACUUGUAAAGCAAUACUUGUGCCUUGUUUUGGCACGGAAGUUUCUGGCAUCCCAUAAAGUUAUUCAAGUUGACAGUAAUUUCAUCCAGAACCCAAGUCCAAAGACUCUGUCAUCUCCCAAUCUGACUGGAAUGGACUUUCCAGCACUUGCUUCGACAAACGGCCAGACUACUACUGCAAAAUAUGCAGGAGAUAAUGUUCAACAAAGUGGCAGUCCUUACUUACCAACUGGCAAAGAAUUGCUCAUGUUCAAAUCUGGCUCUUCUUUUCCAUCUAGAGGUGCUACUGACUUUGCUUCAGCUGUCAGGAAAUUGGCUUCUCAGGAUUCUGGAAUAUGGAAGUAUGAUAGAAAUGGGUCUGGUGAUGCUUCCACUGGAUCAAGUAGGAGUUUAAAUGUUCUUGCUAGUGCCUACAAUGGAGGACAAGGGAGAACUAACCUUGGGGAUAGGUUUCAAAACCGCGCUUCUGGCCGGCCAGCUCCUGUCUGGCUUGAAACGGGUGAUGCUGUUGCAAAUAUGUACUCUGAAUUUCGGGAGGAGGCUCGUGAUCAUGCACGCUUACGUAAUGCAUAUUUUGAGCAGGCACGGCAAGCUUAUCUUAUUGGCAAUAAAGCCCUUGCAAAGGAUCUAAGUGCUAAAGGUCAACUCCAUAACAUGCAUAUGAAAGAAGCUCAUGGGAAAGCUCAAGACUCUAUUUACCGCCAAAGGAAUCCGGUUGGUCCAGAGAUGCAGGUUAAUGGUAGAGGACAUGAGAGAAUGAUAGACUUACACGGGCUCCAUGUAAGUGAAGCAAUUCACGUGCUGAAACACGAACUGGGUGUGCUAAGAGGCACAGCCAGAGCUGCAGAGCAGCGUUUGCAGGUUUAUAUCUGUGUCGGUACCGGUCAUCAUACCAGAGGUUCCCGCACUCCUGCAAGACUUCCAAUAGCUGUACAGCGUUACCUACUCGAAGAAGAGGGUCUCGAUUUCACCGAACCACAGCCAGGCCUGAUUCGUGUUGUGAUAUAUUGA